AUGACUGUUUGUAAGUUUUUCUUGGAGGGCCGAUGUAGCUUUGGCUCAACCUGUAGAAAUGAGCAUCCACCUGAGUCUCAACAACGUAAUAAUCAACGUUUUGGUGCUACAGGUUCGAGUACCCAAUUACAAUCCCGAUUAGGUGGUUUUGGUUCCUCUUCCGCUUCCAAGAUAUAUGAUGAAAAAACUGUAAGAGCAGAUUUAUCCAGAGACCGUCCUUCGUACAAAUACUCCUGUUACGGACCGGCAAAAGAAGAGCCGAAUUUAAUAGAGGGUACGGACUUCUCUGCCGAAGAAUUACGAGUGCAAUAUUAUAAUAUCAUGAGCACGAAUGGAAAUGAUACAGCUUACCGUGCUGGUGUAAAAGAUCUUGAUGAUCGUAUGCACAACCAAAUUGAAAUCACCCUUAGAGACUUACGAUCUACCCUUAGGGCAUACGGAGCACCCUCAGUUUUAGGUGCACCCGCACUGUCCACACCUUCACUAUUCGGAUCAUCUAUGAAUCAACCUAAUCAACCCAGUACGCCCUCGAUUUUAGGGUCAUCAUAUAACCAACCCGCCGCGACUCCAUCUUUAUUUGGAUCAAACCCCUCAGGUUUUGGAUCAUCCACCUUUGGUGGUAAUAGUUCAUUGGGUUAUCCAGGAGGAGUUCAGGCUCAACCAAAUCCUGGGUUUGGUGGAGGGUUAGGAAGAAAUCCCCAAGGUACAAUAAACAAUCCACAAAUGCAAGCAUUUCCAUCACAAAGUGAAUUUGAAUUAUAUAAAAUACCUGAAAUACCUCCACCUUCAGAAUUUAGAAGAUGA